AUGAGGGCCGUCGUUGUAGCUGUUCUGCAUGCCCUUGCAGCGCGGCUGUCGGAGUGGAUCUAUGAUGGGGACGCCUCAGUGCAUCAGUUGCCACCUUGGCUCGACAUCAAUGAGUCCAGAGUCAACCUCUCAUACACGCUCGCCUCCCGCAUCGAGCCCACGGGGACGUCCAGUUUGAGAUGCGACAGUCUGUUUGUAGACCUGCAAGGAGCGGAAGAAUCUUACCGAAUUCUGGCCGUGAUUUUCCGUGGGACUACAACGGCGCAGGACUGGAUUGCCAACGCUGGUGCCUUGCCGGACUAUGACAAGUUCAAGGAUAUCGGCAUAGGGGUGCAUGCUGGCUGGAAGGCAGUGGCCACAUACCCAGAGUAUGUGAACAGACUGAGGUCAGCCAUCUUAGAAGAGGCCUCGGGCACGGGACUGGAUACCAUCCUCUUUACUGGCCACAGCCUAGGCGGAGCGGUAGCUCAAGUAGCGGCCUUGCUGGCCUACACAGACGACAAGCUAUGGAGGCACCCCAAGGUCAGUAAGCUGCUUUCUGGGCUGCAGUGCAUCACCGUGGCAGCCCCGCAGCCGUUCAGUCCGACAAGUCAUCAGCAGAUUCAUCGGGAGAACAGAGAGGAAGCUGCCCCAGGUGUGCUGCUGGCGCAAGCCGACGCUCUGCAAGGGAUGGAGCGUCGGUGCACCAACUACGUGCGGAACAAUGACCUUGUGCCACGAUUGCCAGGCAAUGUGGGUUUCAUUCAGAAAAUGUGGGACCGUGUGCCCUUCGCCGUGAGGAUGCUUCUUGACCUUGGUGCUGCUCCAUUGCCAUUGGAUCUUGGGACCUUGUUGAAACAAGAUAUGGGCCUCGGCGUCUAUGCUCCGCUCUGCACAACGCGUCUCCUGAACCCCGGUGGUGGCUACGAAAAUAUCGGCCGCACAGCUGCCAAGAGGAUGCUUGAAACUCAUCGGCCGAGAGACCCUUCCGUUAGUGACACCUAUCUUGGCGUUGUGGAAUGGAACGGUUUCAUGGCAGCACAGAACGAACAUCGUGCCAAGGCCUAUGUCAACAUGGUUUACAGGGCUGUGGGGGCGAGGGAUUAUGCCCAUGGCCAUCAUGACAGCUUCAUCGAGGAGCCUCGCAAAGAGUAUGAGUAUGCAGGACAACAACAAGGGGGACGUUUCCACGGCCAGGGUCGCUUGACCUACACGGACUCGGCUGGGAAACACCAAUAUGAAGGUGAGUUUAUGGAAGGCAAGUACCAUGGUCAUGGGCGCUUGACUUUUCCCGAGGCCAACGGAAACUCGGUCUGUGAUGGGGAGUUUGAAAGUGGUCGAUUCCAUGGCCAGGGUGGAAUACUUCAUGCUUGCGGCGAGAAGUCCACGGGGUAG